CCAGGAGACUUCUUGAGAAAAAGCUACUUAAGAAAGGCCCUGUGAAAAUAGAAUAAAGAAAUGAAAGAGGGGUCCAAGAGAGAUGGUUUUCCCCCUUAUCUAUGAACACCUCAGCCUUAGACACCACAGAAAGGGGCCAGAGAGGCAGAAUGGGUGUGAGGGAGGGGUUGAGGGGAGGGACCAGCUCAGGCCACAGCAGAGGGAGUGGCUGCACCUUCCUCACCUCAGAGCCAUGGGGAGCCAGGGUUCUGGUGGGCAGCCCCUGGCACAGGCUCCCUACACAGUUCUGCUGCUGCCACUGGGAACAAGCCGAGAAGACCCCGGGGCCCAGAGCUUUUUUCUUUGGCUGCAGAGGAUGCAGGCUCUGGAGAGAGAGCAGGAUGCCCUGUGGCAGGGCCUGGAGCUGCUGGAACAUGGCCGGGCCUGGUGUGAAGACCAUCUGAGGGAGGCACAGCAACAGCAGCUGCAUCUGGGAGCCCUUGGUGAGAAUUUUCUAACAGAUUUACACUCAGAGCCUGGCGGCCCCCAGUUAGCCCAAAUUCAAAAAGUGAACAUCUGUUUGCAGAAUCUGAUUCAAGGAAAGUUCUCCCCACAUCCAUUGAACAAGGCCAGUUCCUGCACCACCCAGAACUGGAAGGAAGAGCCGUGGAAGCAGAACUUGUGGCAGCAACAGGAGUUAUCAAAGCAGCAGAAAGGAAACAUCCAGUCUCAAGAGGAGAUGGCUCAGCUGAGCUGUCUCCAGGGGCAGAGAGGCCCUACCCUUGUGUAA